AUGACUUCCUCCCAGAGCCCGCCCCCAGGCGCGGCGGAUAGACCCCGCCUCACCGAAGCGCAGAAGAAAGAGAACCACAUCAGAUCCGAGCAGAAGCGGCGCGAAGCCAUCCGCGACGGCUUCGACCGCCUCGCGUCCAUUGUGCCCGGCAUGGAGGGCCAAGGCAGGAGCGAGGCGGUGGUCCUGGAAGCGACACUGCAGCACAUGCGCGAGAAGAUCAGCGAGCGCCAGAAGCUCAUCGAGGCCGGCAAGACAAAGGGCAUGGACACGGCGGGCUGGGAGCUCUCCCGAGAGACCGUCACCGCGUGCGAAAGCCAGCAGAAGCGCAACGAGAGCGAGCAAUAG